GGGUGUGAUUAUGCUAGGGACUAAAACCCCCGCGUGUCGCAUCGAAAGAGAAAAAGAAAGCGUCCCCGAAACCGAGUCAAAAGAUCCCUGGAAAGAUAGAGAGCAACACAAGCGCUUUUGGGCAGCCUUUUGCGCAUCUAUAUCUAUCCUCCAUUGUGAUAUCUUGGAUAUGAGACCAGCCUCAAGCCAAAAAACAUAUGCGGUCGCGGCGCGGCCAGGCGGCGGAGGUCCCACCGGAGCGGGUCUUCGGCAUUCUCUGGGGGCAGAUGUAUGACCAGGGCUGGAGAGUACUGGCGAAGCCGCAUUGGUUCGCCCGGGGCGACCCGCGGACGUGGAUCUACUGCGCGCCCGAGGUCCUCGACGCGGCGGGGAAGCUCCGGUCCCGGGGCGCGGGGAAGCUGGGGGAAAGUAUUUUUCUCGAUAAGGGCGACCUUUGGGCGUGGGCCCAAAGAAGCGGUUGGGCCCUACCCGCCGAUGACGAUGACGAUGCGACCGGCGAUAGAGAAGGCUCGCCGUCCUCCGCCGACGAGCCCGACGACGCCGCCGCGCCGACCUCGGAGCACCAUUACUAUCGAUUAUGUAUCGAUCAUCACAAUCGUCUAGACGCAUCUCGAGUGGAGGCGCGCGCGCUCGCGGCUGAGGCCGCGACCGUGCCGGAGCACGUGCUGCUCUCGCCACAGUCGCCGGAGGCGCCAGCGUCGGCCAAGUGGAAGGAGGACGACCGCAUCGAGGCGUUCUGCCGGAAGGAUAUGGCACGCUAUUAUCCCGGGACGGUCCACGAAGUCAACGUGGAUGGUACUUAUGCUGUCAUCUUCGACGGGGAAAAAUACCGUGACGACUCCCCCCCGUACCUCUACGAUGCUGAUGUUUUGGAAGAUCACAUCCGCGAGCUGGCCGAUGCACCGGCGACGCCUGCGCCCGCCGCACCAGUGACGGCAGCUGCGCUGCCGCCGCCCGGCACCCGCGUGGCCGUGCGCUUCGACGACGGCCAGGACUACGGGGGCACCAUCGGCGACGCGCUGGACGAGCGCAGCGCCAUGUGUCAGUUCGACGACGGCACGAGCGACGUCAUCCGCUUCCCGGACCAGGACGUCCGCGUCCUGCGCGCCGGCGACAACGCCACCGCGCGGCCGCCGCCGCCGCCGGAGAGCCGCGUCGAAGUGCUAUUUGACGACCGUUGGUACGCGGGCACUGUCGUCGGGGGCGCGCUCGACGAGCACCGCGCCACGGUAUUCUUCGACGCCGACGGCCUGAGCCAAGUCAUAAACUUCGCGGAAACCGGCAUCCGCGUCCUGGGGACGACGGGCGAGCUGGGCGUCGGCGCGCGCGUCGCGCUGGGCGGCAAGGCCGGCAACGUCGUAGAACUUGGGAAGAGAGGUUGGUGGAGCGUGCGCCUCGAGGGCGAGAGCACGCUUCGGUCCGCGCGCGCCGGCAAGCUCACCGUACUGGGAAGAAAGAUCCUGGUGCUCACCGCCGGCGGCCGCGUCGCCACGAUCCUCGAAAGGAAGCAGCGCGGCUGGUUCGCAGUCGCGCUGGACGGCAACGUGAACGACGAGGGCGGCGCGUUCGAGCGCAAGAGCAUGAGGAGGCCCAUGUUCGCGCCGGGGCAAGACGCGUUGUUGGACCGCGCGCGCGAGUCGGCGCCAUCGCAGCAAUCGAAGCGGCCGCAGGCGGGGGCUCCGGAGGAGCGGGCGGCGCAGCGACAGCGCUUUGAACGAUGAAGGUCGCCCGCGUCCGCCGCGCUGGAAGCCGAGAACGGCUAAGCAGCCUUGGCCGCGAAGGCGGCGGCGUAAAUACAGUACGUAGUAGGACUUCGUUGUGUUUUUUAACACACUAGCGUCCUAGCGACAAUCGCUAAGCGCACCCGGGC